UUUCCUCUCUUCCUCGGCGACCCCUCUCUUGCGCACUCCCUCUCUUCGCCUCGCCCUGUUUCAUUCCGAACUGAACCACAUGCACACCGAACAGCUGUUAUGUGGUCCACCUUCUUUCUGCACGAAGAGGAUGGCAGACCGAUUCCACCAGGGCUGGGCGUAGGACCAGGAGCAGGUCCACUGGGACUGACCGGUGUCAUGGGUGGCAGAGGGGCUGGGGCUGGUGCUAUGGGAGUUAAGCGCCGGGCAAAAGCGUUGACAUCGAGACACCCAGGGGGCAUGAGCGAGGUCCAGAAGGGCAAGAUUAAGCUGGCGUUCUUCGUGGCCAUCGUGGGCGUGGUAUUGACAGUCUUGGGCUUGGGCACAGAGUAUUGGGUGGAGCUGUCCCCGCCCAAGAACUUCUACAACAACCAGACGUGUCUGGCGGCUCACUACGGGCUGUGGAAAGGAUGCUCCCGGACUCUGUGGGUGGCGGACAUUGACCCUGAGCGAGAGAGCUGUGGGCCGGCUGAACUGCCAGGAGAAUCUCACUGCAACUACUUCAAGUUCUACACCACCGGAGAGAAUGCUGUCAUCUUCCAGAAGACGACAGAAAAGAGUCUGAAUGUGGCGGCAGCCAUGAUGGCCCUCUUCGGUCUCUUCCUGAUGGUCAUGGGGGCCAUAUGCAUCACCACAGCCCUCAGCAAAGGAGAAUCGUUCUUCCUCAAGCCUGCUUCGGUUUGCUUCAUUCUGUCAGGCCUCCUGAUGCUCCUAUCUCUUACUGUUUUCAACCAAUCGGUCCUCUCCUUCCUAGCCAGUGACCACUCGGUGCCGUUGCAUCACGAGCUGUCUUGGUCAGUGUCCUGUAUUGGGUGUGCAGGGGUCAUGCUUAUUUUGGGCGGAAUCCUCUUUCUCUUGCUUGCACUGCCAUUCAGCCCCUGGCGAAGGUGUUUUCCCCCKAAAAAUGAAAGUGACAGCUAGUGAAGAGAAGGAAGUAUUGCACUUUAUCUGUAUGUCUUAUAACUGUUGUCGAGAAAUGGUGUUUCUUGCAGUUUUACAUUUCACGAAGAUGUUCCUUGUCUUAAAUGUUUUCUCUCUCUUUAUUUUGCAUAAAUCAGUAGAGCUCAUUAAAGGGACAUUAUACUGCUCUUGACUUAUGAAAGCUGAAUAAUUAACACUUACGAUAACCAGGUUUCCAUCCAACAUGUAUAUGUGAGUAAAAUGCAUGUUGAAUAACAAAAUGUCAUGACAGGCGUAAAACAUAUUUUUUGGAAACAUUUUUGGGGGGUAAACUUUCCAAAUGUCAACAAAU